AUGGAAAAAAGCAAUGAUCUUGGAAAGGAUUCCCCUACUGAAGCGGUUCCAUCACUGAUCAGAUCUGCAGAUGGCCACCAAAUUCUGGGUUUUGAUGAUGAUGAUACCAAGCAAAGUGACUCCAAUUUCCAGUUUAUGGUAAGUUUUCAGAUCAAAACUCAGUUGGUAAUGGAAUGGAGGGAUUUUAUUAAGCUCAUUAAUGAAUCAGCUCUGAAAAUGGCAGUCAGAGUUGCUGAUAAUCAAUGGCUGGAUCUCAUAAAUCUUGUGGUUAUUGAAUUUCUGUUUGAAUUUUUCCAGAAGCCGAGUGGAAACGAUAUCGAAAGCUCGAGUGAUUCUUCGAGUCGAGAAGCAACACAAUCUGUUUCGAUUAGCAUGCCACAUUUGCGAUUGGAUGCGGAAAGGGUUGUGCUGAAAGACGAGGUGGAAGCAGCCGGAAACGAUAGCCCAGAAAACUCCGGCACCCAUGAGGUCAAGUUUCAUUCCGAGCCCAUAAUAAUGGGCGGUGGAACUGAUGAUCAGACAGUGGCCGGAAAAACCCCGGAGCACCGUCUGAUUCUUCCGGUAAAGAAUCCGCGGUUGGAUGAGUUUAAGGACAAUAGAUACAACUCAUUCAAAACAUGGUCAGGUCGACUCGAAAGACAACUUUCAACGUUACGUGGGAAGCCACGUAACGAACCCGAGAUAAACCCUCCCCAAAAUCUUCAAGGGGAGACUUUAUCUGUCGAUAGAUACUUCGAUGCUUUAGAAGGACCCGAGUUGGAGACCCUUCGGCCUCAGGAGGAAAUAAUGCUUCCCGAAGAUAAAAAAUGGCCGUUUCUUCUUCGUUUUCCGAUCUCGUCGUUCGGGAUAUGUCUCGGCGUUAGCAGCCAAGCGAUAAUGUGGAAGAAUUUAGCAUCGACGGCAUCGACACAUUUCCUUCAUAUAAGUCUUCGAGUGAACUACACGUUAUGGUGUAUAUCGAUCCUUCUUUUUGCGGUGGUGGCCGUAACGUACCUUCUUAAAGUGAUCUUCUAUUUCGAAGCCGUUCGAAGAGAAUAUUACCACCCGAUUCGAGUGAAUUUCUUUUUCGCCCCGUGGAUCGCGUUACUUUUCUUGGCCAUCGGAGUUCCGGAUUCGGUUAUGAGGAAACUGCCUCACUCGUUAUGGUACGUGCUAAUGACGCCGAUAUUCUGUCUGGAGCUCAAGAUUUACGGGCAGUGGAUGUCCGGUGGGCAGCGGCGGUUGUCGAAGGUGGCGAACCCGUCUAACCAUUUAUCGGUGGUGGGGAACUUUGUGGGGGCGUUGUUGGGGGCAACGAUGGGGUUGAAAGAAGGCCCGAUUUUCUUCUUUGCGGUUGGAUUGGCUCAUUACACGGUGUUGUUUGUGACGUUGUAUCAGAGACUUCCGACGAACGAAACUCUCCCGAAAGAGCUUCAUCCGGUGUUCUUUCUGUUUGUCGCUGCUCCGAGUGUUGCUUCGAUGGCGUGGGCCAAGAUCAAUGGUUCGUUCGAUUACGGGUCUCGACUCGCCUACUUCAUUGCCUUGUUUCUCUAUUUUUCACUGGCGGUUCGAGUAAAUUUCUUUAGAGGAUUCAAGUUCUCGUUGGCGUGGUGGGCUUACACUUUUCCAAUGACGGGAGCUGCAAUCUCGACCAUCAGAUACUCGAGUGAGGUCUCGAACGUAGUAACAAAAGCAUUAUCGUUAAUCCUGUCCACCGUUGCUACUGUAACGGUGACAGGGUUACUGAUAACGACAAUUCUUCAUGCUUUCGUUUUGCGGGACCUCUUCCCAAACGAUAUAGGAAUUGCAAUUAGUGACCGGAAAUCAAAAACGCAAAAGAAAUGGUAUCAUCGGGGCACAUGCGGGUCGGCCAAAGAUGCGGAACAUCAGGGUAAAACCAGGAACUCCGGCGAGAAAGAAGUGAGGAUUCCGGUGAUACAUCCGGCGAAUUAGUAGGAUGAGGAAAAGGAGAGAAAAUUAGUUAGGAAAGUUCCGAUGAGGUUGGAUGUGUAGAUAGAAUAUGAAAAUAACAACCUGGUUUGUCUUAAUCAAUUUUGUUCCCUCAAACGUUUUCAUUUUACUAUUAUCAUU